AAGACUUGUGCGGUGCGUGUAGCAACAAGCAGUUACUAAGCUUUCACUAGGUGCUCAGGCACUUCACAUGCGUUGUCACCACAACCCUGUGCAAUUGCUACUGCUGUUUUACCCUUAUUUGGAAGGUGAGAAAAUACAGAAACAUGCUUCCGUUAGUUUACACUUUGUUGUUAAAUCUGCCUGUAUGUUGUUUACAUACAGGCAGAUUUAAAUCGUGUAUGUAUAUAUUUGUGUAUAUAUACUUUAAAACUUGAGAUAACAGAUUAGCAGUAACUGGUUAAAGUACCUCUCGGGGUCCGUGGCAUACAAUAGGUCUUCCUAAAAGUAGACGUCACCACUGUGGGAAGAGACAACAAGUGCUUGGAACUCCAGCUUGAGUUUAUUCUGAUGGUUGGGACCUGAGUGUUAAACGUUAAAUAUUUAUGCAUACUACCGAAGCAUAGGAAAAGUUGAAGUUUCACUUUGACGCUUAACAUUUAAGUAGGUCUCAAUUUUGGCUGCACCUUAGACUAUAUGAGGAGCUUUAGAAAAAAGCUUGUUUCAUAGGCUACACCUGGAAGGUUUUUUUUUAAAGCUAUUCAGAUAAUUUACCUUCAUCUGGCAAAAGCCAACUGUAAGAGUCCUUUAAAGGAAUAGUAAUGAUUGCGUUUGGGUGCUUAUUUUCUUUGACGAUGUGUAUCUAUCUUGUCACUACUAACUGGAAGAUUGUAAGCUUUAAAACAUUUUUCUUUGUUUUAAGCCGCCUGAUGGCAUUGAAACGCAUGGGAAUUGUCAGCAACUAUGAGAAAAUCCGUACCUUUGCUGUAGCAGUAGUAGGUGUUGGUGGAGUUGGUAGUGUGACUGCUGAAAUGCUGACAAGAUGUGGCAUUGGUAAGUUACUACUCUUUGACUAUGACAAGGUGGAACUGGCCAACAUGAACAGACUUUUCUUCCAACCUCAUCAAGCGGGAUUAAGUAAAGUUCAAGCAGCAGAACAUACUUUGAGGAACAUUAAUCCUGAUGUUCUUUUUGAAGUAUACGACUACAAUAUAACCACAGUGGACAACUUUCAACAUUUCAUGGGUAGAAUAAGUAACGGCGGGUUAGAAGAAGGAAAGCCUGUUGAUCUAGUUCUUAGCUGUGUGGACAACUUUGAAGCUCGAAUGACAAUAAAUACAGCUUGUAAUGAACUUGGACAAACAUGGAUGGAAUCGGGGGUCAGUGAAAAUGCAGUUUCCGGGCACAUCCAGCUCAUAAUUCCUGGAGAAUCUGCUUGUUUUGCGUGUGCUCCACCACUUGUGGUUGCUGCAAAUAUUGACGAAAAGUCUCUGAAACGGGAAGGUGUUUGUGCAGCCAGUCUUCCUACCACCAUGGCAGUGGUUGCUGGAAUGUUGGUACAAAAUGUGUUAAAGUUACUAUUAAAUUUUGGUACUGUUAGUUUCUACCUUGGUUACAAUGCAAUGCAGGACUUUUUUCCUACUAUGUCCAUGAAGCCAAAUCCUCAGUGUGAUGACAGAAAUUGCAGGAAGCAGCAGGAAGAAUAUAAGAAAAAGGUAGCAGCACUGCCCAAACAAGAGAUUGUACAAGAAGAAGAAGAGAUAAUACAUGAAGAUAAUGAGUGGGGUAUUGAGCUGGUAUCUGAGGUUUCAGAAGAAGAAUUGAAAAAUUCUUCAGAUCCAAUUCCAGAUUUACCUGCAGGAAUUACGGUGGCAUAUACAGUUCCAAAAAAGGUACAUCAAAAGUUUGAUUUACCCCUAUCUAG